AUGCACCAGAAUCGUACCGGCAGUUGGAGCAAACGGUCGGAAAUUGGGAUAUAUCCUCAAUCAGAUGGAAAAGAGCAGCAAUAUGCUGGGGAGGCCAAAAGGCGCCAACUCGUCCAAGGGCUCUCGAAUACGAAGCGCCAAGGUUCUGGAAUCCUGAACCUCGUCGGGUGGAAGCUAUUCUACUCAAGUGUCGAUAUCACGACGCGCGCUCAAGCUGGAGUUGGUGUUCUGGUGGAAUCAAACCUGGUUGAUAGAAUCACUGAAUGGAACUUUAUUAACCGAAGAGCGGCAAUCAUCCGACAGAAGCCACAACAGGCUAAUGCGCUGACCUUAUUAAAGGUCAACGCGCCCAAUUUGGAGGGAGAAUAUACAUUUUUCAGGGAGGAUGUAGAAGGUACUUUAUUCGAAAUGCCGACUGCAGAAUCAGUCAUUGUAAUGGACGAUUUAAAUACGUAUGUCGGUGGAGUCAGUGAAAGUGGAAUGGCUUGA